AUGGCACAGCUUAUCGAGAACCUGAAAAUCGGCGAUGCUGGAGUCGACAUCCCCGUUCUCGCCCCCGCAGUAAACGGAACUUCAAAAGAAACAGAGGAUUCGGACGACGAUGUCGCUGAAGAUACCCCGGCACUAUUCCCGAACAACACCUACCCCAAGGGCGAGGAAGUUGAGUAUAAAGACGACAAUCGAUGGCGAACUACCAACGAGGAGAAACGACACCUCGACAACCUCAAUGGUGACUUCCUCUCUGAUUACCGUCAGGCAGCUGAGGCACAUCGUCAGGUCCGUCAGUGGGCACAGAGAAGCAUCAAGCCAGGUCAAACGCUCCUCGAAAUUGCCAACGGUAUUGAGGAUACCGGUAUGGGAUUUCCUACCGGUUUGAACAUCGAUAACGUUAUCGCCUAUUAUAGCCUAAACGCCGGUUGCGGUCGGAUUGUGGACAGCGCCUUUACAAUAGCAUUCGAUCCUAUAUAUGAUAACCUACUCGCAGUCGUUAAGGAUGUAACGAAUACCGGCAUAUGCGAAGCGGGUAUCGACGUUUGGGUAGGAGAAUUAGGCGGCUAUAUUCAGGAAGCGAUAGAAAGCUACGAGUGUGAAAUCAACGGUACUACCUACCCAAUCAAAGCGGUUCGCAACUUAUGCGGCCAUACAAUCCUUCCGUAUUCUAUUUAUGGUACUAAGACUGUCCCCUUUAUCAAGUCGGAUGAUAUGACGAAGAUGGAAGAGGGGGACGUUUUUGCUAUCGAAACCUUUGGUAGUACCGGUAGCGGCCGAUAUGUCGAAGGAGGCGAGGUCUCACAUUAUGCCCUGCGCGGUAACGCGAACACCAAAGACUUGACUUUGUCUUCUGCUAGAUCUGUCUUGGGAGCUAUCAAGAAAAACUUCAGCACGAUCCCUUUCUGCCGACGCUAUUUGGACCGGAUUGGACAAGAGAAGUAUCUCCUAGGUCUGAAUAAUCUAGUGAAAUCCGGAAUUGUUGAAGAUUAUCCCCCUCUAAAUGAGAAACAAGGGACCUAUACGGCUCAGUUUGAACACACUAUUCUACUCCGACCAAACGUCACUGAGGUCAUUAGUCGCGGAGAUGACUUCUAA